GGAAAGAAAGAAAGAAAAGAAAGAAAAGUAAGUAAGUUGGGGUCUCAACAUCAGUGUGGUUGCUCCAGUACAGUCACAGUGCUCACACCAGUUUUGGUGUUUGAUGUCCAGUAUUUGCCAGCCAGCUGCAAAGCUCUCAUCCACUCCCUGUCCACACUGGCCAGAUCUCAGAGUGGGUGCUUGUGUUCCUGCCUGCCACAUUCCCUGCUGCAGUCCCACAUGCGGCUGCUAUUCCUGCCUUGUUGCCCCUGGCAGAUUGGCACAGCUGCUGUGCUCUGCAGGUGUUUCCAGCAAAGGCAAUGGAAAUUUGGCUGCUGCCUUCAGUCAGAGCAGGAGGGAGCCCAGCUGGCUGCAAGUUAUGGCCAAAGUCUUAGGACUUGGUUUAAUUUCUCUUUGCAAAUAGAUUUACAUUGGAAAGUGCCUGGGUUUAGUUUCCUGUCCUUGAGUCAUCAUGGAACCAAUACAUUUGGCUUUGUGGUGGUCCUGCUCUGUGUGUUGCUUGCUUGCUUUUAUGGCAGAGGUGUUGUAUGUGUGCUGAAGGGCACACAGACUAUUGGAGCAGACCUUCAGCUGCUCCCCCAGCAUUACUCAAGUUAAUGGUGCAAAGGGGAAAAAAGGAGGUGAGGAUGCAGCAUCAUUUCUGUAGUAGCAAACAAACCCACAGGUGCUUGUGUAUCAAAAUCCAGAUGAAAACAUCCUGCUGGCAAAAGCUAUAGAGAAUGGUAAUAUCAGCUAGUUUAGCCACAGAUACAGCUGGAAAAAGCAAGCAUGCUCCUGAGUGUGCUGUCAGUAAUUACAGUAGCAUCACUGGCCCCUCUGCCAGCUCACACUGCUUAACUCCACGGGUCUGUCACAGCCACAGGGGCACUGGUAUUGACAGAUGUAGGGAGAUACUGCUAAGGAUGUACAGGGAAGAAGGAAGGUCUUCACUGUGAAUCAGACGUUGUUGCUUUUAAUCUUUGCCAGCAUUUAUGCUGUUCCACAGUUAAAUUAGCUGCUGUGUAAAACCUCUUAACUGCCAUUUUAGGGGAAGCAAACUCCCAUGAAGAGAGAGAUGGAGAAAUCAGAGGUCUGCAUCUGAAUCCCUUUAGUUGCUGUAUUUGGUUUGUUGUUGAAUUGGUCAGUGCUUUAGGUUAGCUUGAAAACUAUCUGGUCUCAUAUUCAAACUUUAAAAAAAUUAUUUUAAUUUUAAAAAAAAGCCAAAGACAUUCAAUUUCCAUAAAGAAAGCUUGCAGAAAAUAGGAAGUUCCUGCUCUUCAAGAGAGACCUGCUGCUACUGAUGUUUGAGACAUCCCUACUGGGUUUUGAUGGAAGAGAGAAGAAGCUUGGAAUGACAAAAUAGAGAAAAGGUGGCUGCUGGAAGAGCAUGAAGAGAGAUACUGGCAGAUGAGAGCAUGAAACUGUUCAAUUUUAAGGACCAACGUAGGCAGAACAGACUGGAAGCAGCUGAAAAAUUUGGAUUAUGACUCAUAUCUACAAAUCUUGUCUGGCAUCUUGCAGAGGACAUGGUAAUCUCUGUGCUGCUGAAACAUGCAGUCUUUUGAUAUGUUUGCACCCCUCAGAAUCAGGAGUGCUGCAGCUCUGUGUGCUGCUCACUUCCAGUGGCUCAUGGAUAUGACUAUCCAUGGCUUCCUCAAGGUAAAAUGACAGUCUUUUUGCAUGGCAAGUACCAAGAGUGGUACUCUUGAAAUACCAUGAAGCCCUCACAGAAAUGUCCCUUGUUCUGUCCAUUUCCCCCCAGCCUGCGCCCUAAUCUGAGAAACUGAGUUUAUUCCUGAGAGGUGAAGUGCCUUCCUCUCUCCCUGGUUUGCACUUGACUUAGUUUUGACACUUGGGUGGUUUCAGCUCACCCUAUCUCCCCAGCACUGGUGGUUCUCACCUCUGCUGGCAAAGCCAGCUGCUGUCACCUCUCUUCAUCCCCUGUGUGUGGAGGCUGCUUUAGCAAAGGCAUUUGUGGGUUUACACUACAGAACAAAUCCAAGGGGUGUGUUUUCCUUCUGUUUGUUCGAGGCUCACAGCCGAGGAGCAGCUCUCUGAGCCUAACUUAGAGCAACACCUGAAAACCCACACCGCCUUUCAGGGCUCUGGAUAUGCAAAAUCCUGCAAGAUCCUCAGCUAAAGUGUGUAAGUGAAGUAAAAGAUGGGGAAUCAGUCCCAUAACGUAGGACAAGCAAAGCCAAAAUUGAUCCCCUAUUGCCAGGUAGGAGGAACACAGGACAUGGUGAGGACUUGCCCUGGCCCAGGGGUUUCCCUGCUGCACAGCCCAGAUCCAAAUCCCACCCAAGGUCUGUUAGAGGUGUGUGUGCUGUGGGUUGGGUGUUUGGCACCUGAGCUGGAGCAGCACCCCAGUGUCUCAGAGGGGUGAGGGUGCUGCUGCAGGCCCUGAGCCCCUGCCCAUGCACUCCAGCCACAGGAGUGGCCUUGGGGCUCAGCCUAGGACCAGGUCUGGCAGGCUGAGAGAGCUGCCUCUACUCCCUUCCAUAAAUGCCUGAUCCAAGCUCUUCUGUCAUCCUUGCUGAGCCCUGCUGCUGUUAAGUCAUUCCCUGGCUGGGAGCUGCUCCAGGACGGUUGGUAUCAAUGGCCUCUCUGCUGCUUACUCUGACAGCAUUUUUAUUUUCCCUCCCACACGGCUGCUGGUGGGAGGUGCUGAUUCAUGCCAGCGACCUACCCAGUCCUGGAGCCCAAAGGCAGCCAGGGAGAGCUGAGCUCCUGCCACAGGUGCUAAAGCAAGCCCUCAAUGAAGUGAAUGGAGCCAGGGCUGUUUAUACCACGGGGAAUUUUUCCCCCAGGAGUUUAAGGUGCUUUGGUAUGCCUGGAUGUAUCAGGACAUAUGUUGUUAAAACUGCUAUAUGACAGGCAGUGUACAUCCUGUAUAAAUGUGGCUAUUUCAUUACUGAGCAUUGGUGAUUUUGUGUGGGGCAUAUGUUUUCCCACAACAAAGAAGUUCAUUUUAAAAAUACCCUAUUCUGUAGGCUUUCCCUAAUGACUAUUUUCCCCCACACAUCGAUUAGGCAACAGCAUAUGCCAGCAUUUCUUCCUUAAAAGUAAAAUCUGGCACAGAGCACACAGAGCAUGAAAUAAUAAGAUGUGAUUAAAGCAAUAGCUGGAGCUAACCAAAGCCAGAAAACUUGUGGCUGAAAGGUCAAACCUUUUUUUUUAAAUUGCCUUUGCAAUGGCCUGUUUGUUUGCAGAUGCUGGGAUUUGGGAGGGAAAAUCUUGUAAUGAAAGAACAACUCACAGAAAAUUUCACCUUCAGUAGAAGCCAAACAAACUUUCACUUGCAUUGGAAGCAUAAUCCAGUUUUCUGCCAUAUGAGCUAAGAAAUUGAGAGAAGGAUGACUGGGGAGGAAGAGAGAAAUGCUAAACUGAAUGCAAGGUGAACAAGGUGUCUGGCUUGGCCUCCUGGUUGUCUCCUCUAGGCUGUCUCCUGAAGCAGGCUUCAAAUGGAGCUGGAAUUCCUGCUUCCUGCUGGUGCCAGCACAGUUCCAAUGGAAAAAGACCAUACUGAAGAAAUGGUAACCCAGUGCAUUGUGGAGGUUCUGUCCAACGCUCUCUCUAAGCCAAAUGCACCCCCCAUUAAUCCUGAAUGCAAAGAAAUCCUGAAGAAGGGUGAUAAAAAUGACAGAGAGAGAAGUGAAAACGAACAGCCUGAAGUGAGGCAUCCCAAAGACCCAGCAGAAACUGAAAAACAUCCUACUGGGAGUGUGGAGAAAGAACAAAGGCAGGCAGAAGAGGAAUCUAAAAAGCACAUGGAAGGAGGUGAUGAGGAGAAACUUGCUCAUGAGGAAGGUGAAAGCAAGGAGGAGGCUGGACACCACACUCCUGCUCAGGAUGAGACACUUCACACGGAAGAAAAAAAGCACUACCAGGAAACUGGGAGAGAGGAGGAGAGGAGUUACCGCAGUGAAGAGGAAAGCAAAGAGGGCAAGUGUUGUGAGAAUGUAGAGGCUGCUGUUCUCACCAAGAAGUCCCACUCUGAGAGCAUGAGCAUGGAUGAGUUCCGUGGUGGGAAUGAUCAGAGCCCCAGGGGCCGCUGGCACCUGGAGGAGGGAAUGCAGAGCCCUUCCAAACAAAUUCGGGAAGAUGAAGAGGGAGAGGAAGAAAGGAGUGAGAAAUACCACCGUGAGUCUCAGGAACGUGGUUUUUCCCACCAGCAGGAGCGUGAAGAAUCUGAGGAGAGUGAAGAAAGAGAGGAGGGAAAGGAGCCCUUCAAAGGCAAAGGUUACCAUGGGAAGCACAGGCCGGGUGACUCCUAUGAAGAGAAGAGGGGCCAUGGUGGUGAGAGGGGGGAGCCAGCAGGGGGAUCACACCCAGGGGAGGCCAAUCUCUGGGAGCAGUGGAAGCACCGACAGAAACAUCAGGAAGAGUCUGAGGAGAAGGGUGACUCUCCUGGGAGGCGUGGGCCCGAGGAGCUGCAGGAGGAGAGGCCUGCAGAGCAGGGCAGCGAGGAGCACAGGGACAGCUGGCAGCAGAGCCAGGAGAGCAGGGAAGAGGAAAACAAGAGGCACCACCACAGCAAGGAGAGCAGUGAGAAGUGGCACGAGGAGAGGAGGCAGCACGAUGGAUCCCACCGUCCUGGGGGGAGGAUGUACCUUGCUGAUGGAAACGAGGAGGAGCUGGCCAGGUACGUCAGCGAGGAGAAGCAGCGCCGUGUGGGAGGGAGAGCCCGCUUAGGGAACAGGGAGCAGGAGGGCUCCCAGAAGGCUCGAGAGCACAAGGGGCAGGCCAGCAGGCACUACAGCACUGAGGACAGCCUGGAGGAGGAGGAGGUGGAAAAGAAACAUCACAGCAGUGACCAGGUGGAAAAUGAAGAGGAGGAAAGGUUUGCAGAGAGAGAAGAGUACAGAGGCCAUCUCCCCGCCGAGAAAGAGAAGAGAACUGCAGCAUCCUACAGGCCUUUCUACCCACUGCUGUGGUGGAAAAGCCGGCACUUGGACAAAAGGGACGGUGCAGGGGAGCAGCUUCUGGAGGGCAGGGAGGAAGGCAGGCCUGCCCUGAGUGAGAAGAGCCUUUUCCCUGAAUACAAUGACUAUGAGUGGUGGUCAGAAAAGCAGAUCCAGAAUGCUCUGAAGCACAGGCGCAGCGAGAAGAGGAAUCCUGGCAAAACGAACAGAUACGAUGUGGAAAGGCAGUACAAGAAGAUGGAUCAACUUGCACAACUUCUGAACUACAGGAAGAAGUCAGCUGAACUGCCAGGGCUGUACAGCUCUGGAGAAGACCUGAAGAAGCGUCACAUGGCUGGGAAUGACAGAAGGAGCCUAAGCCAGAGGCCCCUGACAGAGGAGGAGGAAAAGCAGCUGGAAAACUUGGCCACCAUGGAUCUGGAGCUGCAGAACAUAGCAGAGAAGAUCAACAGCCUCAGGAGAGGCUGAAGGUGUCCUGUGUUCUGUGGUAAAGUCACUGCCACUGGAUUGUUGUUUGCCCUAAACCCAGGAAAUUCUAUUCACUGUCCACUCUUGUGUAGUGAUUUACACAGCUGAAAGUGUCUUUAAUUUGCUGUUAUGCUCCUGAGACCUGAAUGGCAUGAAUUUUAGUAACAUAACCUUUCAUGUGGGCAGGUAUUUUUAAUAUGCUUUUGGAGAUAAUUGUGUUAGUGUUCUUCAGGAAUAUAUUUGUCUGAGUUUGCAAUAAUAAAAACCAUUGAUCUUGGACCAAA